AUGGCUCCCUCCGACUGGCGCUCGAGUUUGGGCUUUGCCGCUCGUCUGACAGCCGUCUCCAAAAUGCAAAACAGCCGCUCUGCAAGGGCAACCACCGCAGAAGCCAGCAUCUAUGAUGAGGCGCAAUCAGAAGCAGACUACGAACGCCUAUGUGGGCUCCAGAUAGCAGGUGUGCCACAAAGGUCACUUGAACUGCCCUCACCAGAGGACGAUGAGUAUGUCCCAACACCUGGUGGCAGAACUAUUGGGAAAUACCAAAAUGCUCUUUAUCACCGCGAAGGUCUCUUCUCAGUCAUCUACAAAGCCCCUGCUCUAGAAGACAAUAGCUACUUUCCUGCAGACACACCGUCUAAAACCAAAGUCGUCGCCCUCAAACUAACCACACCCUCUGUAAUGGAACCACCACAUGACUCCAGACGCGAAGCCAUCAUACUCAAGCUUGCGGCUUCUGACCAUGUGAUCCCACUUCUAGACUCUUUCCGUGAAAACGGCAGUCAAUUUGUGCUUGUCUUCCCAUACAUGCGUUACGAGCUGGGCGAAUUGCUACAGGACAAAAAGGUAUCGAAAGUCCAAGGCAAAAAAUACCUGAAAGAUAUGCUUUCUGGCCUCAGCUAUAUUCACAGCCAAGGCAUCAUCCAUCGCGACAUCAAGCCUUCUAAUAUCCUUCUAAAGUCCAUGGAUGGGCCAGCCUAUCUCUCCGAUUUUGGUAUAUCAUGGGCAACCAAUACCGUGGGCUCAGAACCAGCUGACAAAAAGAUUACCGAUGUUGGUACAACAUGCUACAGGCCACCGGAGCUUUUGUUCGGCAACAAACAGUAUGGAUGCAGCCUUGACCUGUGGGCUGCCGGUUGCACGGUUGCCGAAGUCCUGGACCCGGCUCAUCAGACAUUGUUUGACUCUGGGGAACUUGGUAGCGACCUGGCGCUGAUUCAAAGUAUAUUCAAAAAGCUCGGCACGCCGAAUCUAGAUGUUUGGCCGGAAGCAGCCAAGCUUCCAGAUUGGGGCAAAGUACAAUUCUACGAGUAUCCUCCGCAGGACUGGUCCAAGCUACUCCCACAGCUGUCUGCAACCGAGCAAGAUCUGGUGGGAGGCCUGGUCAAAUAUGAGAGCGGUGCGAGACUUUCUGCUUCAAAGGCACUUGAGCACUCCUACUUCGUACUAUGA